GUCAUGCUGAGACUUUGAUUUUUGAUGUUCUAAAGCUUGAAUGGUCUGUUGUUGUUGCAUCACUUCCAUCAUCUAUCAUCACCAACAAGGGUUUCAGCCUAGUACUGGUGCAGCACAAGGAAAGGGAUUUCCUUGUAGCCUUUGGUGGUUUCAGGAAGGAACCUUCUAAUCAGGUUGAAGUGCUAAUGAUUGAAAAGAACGAAUCUUCAAUGGGGCGGAAAUCAGCAUUAAGUAAAGUUGCUGGAAAUUUGCAUUUUGGAAACCGCCUUUCCUCCAUUUUGUCUGCUACUCAACCAUGUAAUAAUGUAUCUAAAAGCAAUUGUGAAACAGCUUCUAAACGGCAUCCAACAUCUGCAGCUGAACAUGGUGGCUCUGGUAGAAAGUCACUGUCAGAGUCUUUGCUCAGUGACCCGAAUUCUGUUUCGGGCAAUGUUUCACUUCGCAAGCAGUUUUACAAUGAGGGAGAAACCAGCUUUCCAAAGAGCUCAGAGAAUGAAAGUUCUUUACAGGUAAUAAUAGAGCGUGAAACAAGUGAACUUGACAAAGGACUUGAACGGUUCGAUGGGGAAACUGUUUCUGAAGAAGUCCACACUGUACCCAAAUCCACUGGGGGAGAUAUGGUUACUCACAGAAAGCAAGGAAGCACAAACUUUCCACUAGACAGCGACAGUAUUGUCUUUCAAGAAGGUGAUGACAAAGUCAGGGUAUCAGAUCCAAUCGGUCUCUAUCAAUCAUUUGAAGCAAAACUAACAGCUUUGUUGAGGAAGAACGGACUUCUUGAAUCACAGCUGGCAGCAGCAUUGGCCAGUCGUGAAGCGGCAGAUAAGAGUUUCUCCUCUGCCCUUGAGAGUAAACUGGAGAUAGAGAGAAAGCUCGCAGAUGCUACUAAGGAGAUAGAGUUGCUGAAAGAGAAGCUGGCGGGGUGUAGAAUCUGCACAGGAAGAGUCUAACAGCUUGUCCAAUAUUGUUCACUCUGAUAAUGUUAGGCUGGAGCAUGAUGUUGCUUUUCUCAAGGCAGUUUUAGAUGAUACUCAAAAGGAACUGCAUUCAACUAGGGGAGUUCUUGCUGGUGAGAGGGCCAGAGCUUUCCAACUACAGGUCGAAGUAUUCCAUCUAAAACAAAGAUUGCAAUCCUUAGAGAACCGAACUCCAACUCCUCGGAAACAAUUCCAUGUCUAGAGUAUAUUAUAUAGAUAAUUAGAUAUUAGACUUCUUUGUAUAUUAAUGUAAUCUUUAUGUAAUGUAGUGUAUAAUUAUGUUUGUGAAAUACGUAGUAUAACUAUUCACAUCUUUUGCUUUUGUAGUUCGAUGACAAUCAGUGAGUAAUAUGCUUCGGGUUAUAACAAAAACCACAUCGUCCCAAAAUGAAGACUCGUUUGAGGAACUAA